AUGGCACCGCGUUUGGGAAUCUUUCUGAUUUUGGCUGGCACUUGUAUCUUUCUCCAACUGGACCAUGUGGAUGGAGAUAAGCAGCCGAUUACGACCACUCUUUCUGCCACAAUGAAACCAGAUUAUAAAUGUUCUUUCCCAUUCAACUAUCGCGGCAAAUGGUAUUUUGAUUGCACUAGGGCUGAUUCCUUUUUCAAAUGGUGUUCUCUAAAUGAAGAUUAUUCAGGGAAAUGGAAAUAUUGUGUUGAUGACGACUAUGCCAAAUGUGUCUUUCCCUUUGUCUAUCGUGGCCAAACAUACAACCGUUGCACAACUGAUGGGAGUCUUUUUUGGAUUUCUUGGUGCUCAGUCACUACUAGCUAUGACCGUGAUGGAGCUUGGAGAUAUUGCUACAACACCAUAUUAAAUUGCUGUACAGUGCAUCUAACCCAUGGCCAUGAAUGCAAUGAAUGCUUUGAAAUCUGCAUGAAGAAAAUCAAGAAAUCUCAAGCAUGA